CUAUUUUCCCCUAACGCCAAGGUUAAAGAGAUUGUACAUGUCAAAGAGAACAGCGAAGUCCAUGCGUUGGCAUGCGGAGCACAGUCACGAUAGUGUUGGAGAUAUGUGCCAUCCUUGCGAUUCUGAGGCCUGGAAGCAAUUCAACCUUUCUAAUCCAACAUUUGCUUCUGAAGUUCGAAAUGUAAGGUUGGGUCUCUGCACAGAUGGUUUUCAACCUUUCGGGCAAUCGGGUUCUCAAUACUCUUGUUGGCCAGUAAUGGUCACUCCUUACAAUCUCCCUUACUGGAGAGAGUUUCAGAAACAUGCCACUUGGGACCCUCGCAUUGAUGAUAGCGUUAUGUUCUGUGCUUGGCAAUCGAAGGCUAGAAGACGAUACACCGACUGGCUCUCAUCUAUUAGGAAUGAGAAGAAAGGAACAGAGAAGGUGCAGCCACUUGUACCGCAAUCGUGGAAGGAGUAUUGGAAGUCACCAAAGUUCUUGGCAUCCUCCAAGCAAAACAAGAAAAAUCGGCGUGGCGGUGACGAGAAUGCCCCUGCUAGCGCCACGCACACCGGUGGUCCAUUGUCUUUUCGCGAGACUCAAGCGCGCCUUGGUAAAAGUGGAAAGGCUUCUGACUUGUACUCUUCGAAAUGGGCAUGUGCUGCUGGAGACGUUUGUUGGAGUUACUGCUGGUCCACGGCUGCUGGACUGAAUGUUGCUGGAACUGUUUGUGAUUUGCCAAGCUGGUUAUGCUGAUGAUUUGCUGCUUUGGAUAUCAUGGUGAUUCUUAAGGAUGAGUCAGCAGAGACUUCUAAAACUGCCAAUGACAUAGAGAAGUUUGCUCAUUUGCAGAAGGUGGACAAGAAUUGAUCCUUGCUGCAAUUGAAAUGGUGGAUGCUAAUUCAAAAUUAAGGGGAUUUGUUGUCUACUCAACUUGCUCUAUUCUGAUUGAUGAGAAAUUGGUGUUGCCGAGCUCUCUGAUCAAAUUCCUGAGAUUUUAAGGCUAAUGCAAGCACUUGUGUCGAAUGGGAAGAAUGCGAGAUUGAGAUUCUGAAGAUGCUUACUGUAGCUAUGCUAGUUACAUGUUGCUAUAAUAUAUGGAGAACAAGGAAUCUAAAGAGUCAUGAUACAAGGGAGAUUAGUGCACAGGAGGCAGCCAGUAUAUAUGAUCAUACUUCAGACAAGAAUCCUUAUUAAAUGAAAAAGUAGAGUUAGCCUUUUUGAUGUAGUUUGUUUGAUGUUGUAUUUGCUGGUUUUAGUGUAUUUU